CAUAUUGCAGACCUAAAUCAACCAAGCUUAUAUUUGCUUGAUUCACUUAUAAAAGAGAAAAAUGACUACAGAGAAUAAACCAUUCCAGAAUGAAGGGUCUGUAUCUGCCCCUUCUAAUGCUCAUCAGAAACCGCCAGAAUUUGAUCUUAACUUGCGCCCAGGGGUUCAAAUAUCUAACAGGGUUGGGCGCAGCCCGCCGGGACUCCAGCAAGUGCACAACAACCCUCCUGGGAGCAGAACAAGUUUGGAAGAUCUAGCGGACUCCUUUGCCGCAGGAUUUACUGUCACAAAUACACCGAAUGAUACAAACAGACCGCAUCCAAGAUUCGCACAGUUUAAGAUGAAAACCAGUACAAUUCCACAGGAUGAAAGACGACGGCUUCUUCUGGAAUACCAAAAAUCUAGAAGAGACGACCUACUUAAUCACGCCAGAUGCCUGGCCCUGGGUGAGUUUGAGGAGGAAGAGGAGGAGGAGGGGGAGGAGGAAGAGAUGGAUACCACCACGGAGAUAAAACCAAGGCGGUUGUAUAAGAGCUAUAAGAACCAGCUAAUGCUCUCGGAGUGGUUAGUGGAGGUCCCUGACGACCUCGCGUCCUCAUGGAUUCUUAUUCUCUGUCCGGAGGGUCGUCGUAAUUUCGUGAUAGCAUCCAAUGGGUUAACCAAAGUGUACAGUAAGAGCGGGAAAAUGGUGAAGAAAUUUCCGUCUAAUCUCCCGGGAGGAAACAGAAAUCAGAUGAGAAGAAAUUCUUACAGUAUCCUGGACUGUAUAUACUCGGAUAAAUCCAAAAUGUUCUAUAUACUAGAUAUGAUGUGCUGGGAUGGAUUCCAGUACUAUGACUGUGAUACUGAGUUUCGUCUUUCCUGGGUUCAACAGAAAUUCAUCGAGAACAGAGAUCUGAUGAUGGAUAGUUCGAGAACUCAUCCAUACAGGUUUAUGCCUUUACCUAUAUAUCAGUGUACCCAGGACUCCAUCUCAUCUGCUCUUAACUCUUCCCUUCCAUUCGAGGACAAGUUGGACGGACUCCUUAUUUACCAUAAAAAUGUGCACUAUAUGCCCGGAAAGACCCCUCUUGUUGGCUGGUUGAAGGCCUAUAUGGUGCCCGAGCUUCUUAGUAUUCCGAUUUGUAAUGAACUAAUGGUGCAGCGCCCCCCUGACUAUGCAGGGAUGAAGGUGUUUUUAAAGAAAACCUACGACAAGGUCGAAAGGUUGAAGAAGAAUGAUGAAGAGGCUGCAUCACGUGAUACUGAGCAAGAAAUGGGCGAGAUGGCAUAAUUAAAUGCGUAUGCGCGCAAACUGGAAAUCAAAAUGGCUGACUCAAAACAAAUUUAGACACGAAUCAAGAUAACUUAUUUUUAAAAUAUUUCUCUGGUAGGAUGGGAUAAGAAAAGUAUCACAAAAUCAAAGGAGUGUUAAACAUUUAAAUUUUUUAUAUUCUAUGAGAUGAACGGAUUCAAAACCAAGGAUGUAUUGUAACUCUAGAGAAGCUUGGACAGUUGUGAACAAUUUUAUUGAUUCGGGGUAAUUGUAAAGUUUAGUACGGGGCAUAUAUUUGUAGAAAACUUAUUUCAAAAAUCCAUUUUCAAAAUAUUUUAUGGGUCUUUGACUAAAUUAGGGGAAACAAUUGAAUUUAGAUUUAAUAAGAUGUGAAAUUACAUAAUAUAUGUACACGGUGCAUGUUACAUUUCUGUUUUAUAGAGAUAAAUCAUGCUUUUUGAGAUGAGUGUUAAAAUAUUUAGAAUCCCGCUGUUAGUGCAGACCCAAGAAACCUACCUAAAUAAUUCUUUCAAAUAUUAAAACAAAAUGUUUGCUGAAGUAUUUUAACCCCUUUUUCUUGUGUAUGUAUUAAAUUAUAUAUUUUGAAAAUAAGAGAAAAUGAACCGUUUAAAUAAGUGUUGCUGCAAAUUUUACGUAUUUUUAACUUCUUCUUUAAUUUUUGAUUUUGAGUCAAAAUCACAACAUUUUUUCUUUAAAAACUACCAUACACCCAAAUUCUAACUCCUUUUGUUGAUUAUUAUAUUUAUUUUUUUAAAUCCACUUUAUUUAAUCUGUAUUUAGUUUUACAGUUAUGUUCGUGUUUUCUAGAUUCUAUUUGUUUAUACUCUAGUCUUACGUGCUGUAUCAUUCAGAUUCCUUCGUGUACACAGUUUGUUUACUGUGUACAGUUUACAGUAAUAAUUUAUACAGUGUAAACUACAGUACACAUCAUUAGAAUCGUAGACAAGAAAGGUACACCAGUAACCCCCAUACAACUGUUUACAAAAUUAAGUGUAGUGCAGUGACCAUCACUGAGUUUGUUUACUUUCCUACCAGAGUCUGCAGUACGCUUUUUAUGUAAACAAAGAUAUAUUUGGUUUCCUGGAGUAUCUGUUUUGGAUUCAUUUGGAAAGAAAAUAGUUGUUAAUCCUCUUGUCCUACACUUCUUACAGAUUAUAAAUCUUUAAACUAGAUUCUAGACCCCCCCCCCCCUCAA